GUAUACACUCUUUUAUUAUUCCUUGUGAACUCCCUAACACUAACAAAAUACUAUUCAGAGAAGAAGGAAACAAGAAUGGCAGCAACAAUGUCCAGUGUUGUAGGCUUAGCUAACUCAUCUCUUUCCCGAUUUUCUUCUGCAAAGAAGACUAGUCUCUCCUCAGACUUCGUGAGGUCACCAGUGACAGCAAGAAACCCUUUAAGGGUAGCAAAAGCUUCAGGAGGCAGAGUUACAUGUUUCCAGAGGGACUGGCUGAGGAGAGACUUGAAUGUGAUUGGAUUUGGUCUGAUUGGAUGGUUGGCUCCUUCAAGUGUUCCAGCAAUCAAUGGAAAGAGUCUUACUGGCCUUUUCUUUGAAAGCAUUGGCACUGAACUCGCUCAUUUCCCUACUGGACCUGCUCUAACUUCUCAAUUCUGGCUAUGGAUGGUGUGCUGGCACUUGGGGUUGUUCCUGUGCCUGACUUUUGGACAAAUUGGAUUCAAGGGACGGACCGAGGACUAUUUCUCUAAGUAGAGACAUUAAUUUCUUUUAAAAAUUUCAUGUAUAAAUUAUAAUUAAGCUACUGAAGUAUUUAUUUUCUUUCA